AUCAUCUCAGCCAUCAAAUACAUGCAUGAAAACAACAUCAUCCAUCGUGACCUGAAAGCAGAAAAUAUUUUUUACACCACUUGCUACUGCAUCAAAGUGGGUGACUUCGGUUUCAGUGUCGUCAGUGAGCCGACCGAAACUCUGAACACGUUUUGCGGCUCCCCGCCGUAUGCGGCACCUGAGCUGUUCAGAGACAAAAGCUACGUGGGCCGUUAUGUGGACAUCUGGGCUCUGGGUGUCCUACUCUACUUUAUGGUGACCGCCAUCAUGCCUUUCUACGGCGACAACUUAGGCCGACUGAAACGCUGCAUCCUGCAGGGGGCGUACAGCAUCCCGCCCUACGUCCCUGAGUCCUGCCAACUGGCCAUCAAAGGCAUGCUGAGACCCGUACCUGUGGACCGGACCACGGUGUCGCAGCUGAUGCUAUGCUCCUGGCUGAAGGGCAUCGAAUACCCCAAACCCUAUCCUGCUUUCAAUACGACGCCCAAUUACCUAGCUGACCCAGCGAAGAGCCUGUGCGUGGAGGAACAGGAAGUGAAGUCAGCCCUGAGCGAGCUGGGCAUCAGUGGCACACAUCUGCAGAAUAAAACCUGCACUGACUGCCGCAGCCCAAUAACAGGAACUUAUCGUAUCCUGCUGCACCGCAUCCAGAAGAGGAGAUCCGUGGAAGCGGUAGGAUAUUCCGCCCUGUACCCAGAGGAUUUUGGUACCAAGAAAUACUGGACCAACAACGCAAUGGCUAAGCACAAUCCUUCGGCAGUGUGUAACAUCCUAUGAAGACAAGUGUUGAAUGAUUCAUGGGUGGAUAAUGUGUUUGAUGCCAUGUUUCAGGAAGUAAUUAAUUUACAUGUAUGAAGUUGUGCUGUUUUUUGUUGUUGUUGUGAAACCCAGCAUCCCAGAAUCAAUGCCAAGAUGAGUAUUUUACUUUCUAUAAUAUUUUUGUAAUAUACAAAGUUAGAAGGUUCCCUUAUUAGUGUUUUGGUGCUUAUCUGCUGCUGAAU